AUGGUGCCGAACGAGAAUGGCUACCGCAAGAAGCUCUUUGACAAGCUCGCUGCACGAGGCAACAAUGUGGACUUUGUCGGUGGCAUGAGCACAGGCACAAUGGCCGACAAGAACCAUGAAGGACACCGAGGCUAUGUGAUCGAUGAGAUCCGUGAAGUCAGUGGUGUCGGCAUUCACGCGGGCGCCAACAUCGUCCUACUCCAUGCCGGAACCAACGACAUGAAGAACGACAUCAAUCCUGCCGGUGCUCCGGAACGUCUCAAGAAGCUGAUUGAUGAGAUUUACGAGUUCUCUCCUGAUACUGUGAUUCUGUUAUGCAAUCUCAUCCCGGCGGGCCCUGAUAGGUAUCCUGCUACAGUCCCACGCAUUGACAAGUUCAACGAAGCCAUCCCCGUCAUAGCGACAGAGUACAUCACUGUCCGCAAAAAGAAGAUGCUCGUGGUUGGAAUGAACCAUGGGAUUACUCUUAACGACUUGGCUGACAGUCUUCAUCCCAACGAUGUUGGUUAUGGGAAAAUGGCUGACCUGUUCUAUUCCGCCAUUGAAUCCGUGGACGAACGUGGUUGGAUCUCCAAGCCGGGCAAGAAGACCCCAGUUCCGGAUUCAACUAGCCCUGAGAACUGCAAGUCGACGCCCUCUUGGUACAACGUGGGUAUGAUCGCCACUGGCGCAAAGGUGGCUGAUUCUGAUGGCCCUUUCGUGCCCGCUUGGAACAAGAGAGGCGUUGUUGCUGAGGGUAAUUGCCCUCGCGCUCGACUUCACUUCAUGGACCUCGACGGCGAUGGUCUAAAGGAUUAUGCUUGCGUUGAUCCCAAGACAGGAGCGGUCAAGGUGCACAUCAACAUUCCAGACGCAGAUGGCAAAACAUCUGGAAACUGGAAAGUGCCCAGAACUGUCGUUAACCCAACCGAGCCUCGAGAUGGAUGGGGUGUCAUGUUCGCCGAGUAA